AUGGGAGCCAUGGACGCGAAGAACCCCGAUCGCGAUACUACCUCUGGUGCUGCCGCUAAUUGCGCAAUGGUCUCCAUGGAUGGAGACACUGCUGAUACGCCGCCGCCAGCCAGGAAAACCAUAGCUCGUGCCACAGCUGCACGCCGUUUCAGCCCAAGUGAGCUGGCUGAUGAUGACGAUGUGAAGUUCUUUUGGGCUGGAGCAACAGCUGCUGCAAGUCAUGGUGUUAGUUCCAACCGGCUCACAGCACUGUGGAAGACAGCUGCUCAGACAGUACGUAUUGCAUCAUCAUUAUCACCCUCCGCCCCUGUCAAGAAAGAUGAGAAAACUAUUCGCAAUGAGACUCUCCAAAAGUUCUUUGAGGGGCUUGAUUUGGACAACAGUGGUUUGCUGGAGCGCCAUGAACUACGGGCCAUUUUGUCAGAAGCAUCAAGAACAACCAAGCUAACAUUGGAUGAUUCUAUCAUUGAAGCUGCCAUUGAUGCACUGUUGGAAGAUGCCCAGUCUGAAGAUGCCGCUGAAGUCGUAUCAACUGGAUCAAUUAAUCUAGAGCAGUUCAUUGACAUCUUCCACCGUCAUCCAGAAAUGUACCGACUCUUUGAGACAAACGAGACUACCAAGGAUCUGAAAGACUAUGUCAAAAAUCGCCGAGCAUCACAGAAAGAAGCACUUUUGGAAAUGAAGGAAAACGAACAAGCGUGGAGUUCCAGCUGGAUUGAUUGGAAUGUCACCACAGUUUGGCUUGGUCUCUACAUCCUGGCCACCAUCAUUGCUUUUGCCACCAAAGCACACAAAUAUGCCAACCACGAGGAAGCUCAAGCAGUGUUUGGAGGCUGCAUUGUGGUGGCAAGAGGGGCUGCUCAGUGUCUCAACUUGAACUGUGCCUUGAUACUAUUCCCCAUAGCAAGAAGCUUCAUGACUUAUCUCCGGCAGACACAAGCCCAUCAUUACUUUCCAUUUGACCAUGUUGUUUCUAUCCACAUGAUUCUGGGAGCUGCCAUUCUAUUCUGGACAUGUCUUCAUGUGGGAGCACACAUCUGCGAUGUGCAUCGCUUGGCUCUUGCAGAUCAAGAAGACAUCUAUGCAUUGUUUGGGGAAGAAAAUCUCCCAAAGAAUCCAUUGCCUGAAGAUCCAGGGGCCCGCUGGUCAAUGGUACUCUUCCAAACCCGUGCUGGAGUGACUGGCAUUUUCAUGGUUCUCUGCGUUCUUGUUGCUUAUCCAUUGAUCUAUGUCUGUCGUUCAUAUUUCAAUGCAUUUUGGACAAGUCAUCAUUUGCUUCUCCUCAUGCUGUUGGCCCUAUGUGUUCAUGGGACUGGGAACUUGCUGGAGCACUAUCAAUCUGUCUUUUGGCUUGCCAUCCCCCUCAGUAUCUACUUGAUCCCACGCAUUUGGCGAGAAACCCCAGCUAGCAAGACACCAGUCAUUGGUGCAAAUGUCAAGCCUGGAGGGGCCUUGUGGCUACGGCUGGAGAAACCAGAAUCCUGGAAUUCACAAGUUCAUGCAGGCAUGUACGCACUCAUCAAUGUCCCUGCUAUAAGUCUUUAUGAAUGGCACCCCUUUACCCUCACAUCAUCCCCAUCUGAGCCAUUCAUUGAGUUUCACAUUCGAAAUGCAGGUGACUGGACCAACAAGCUCCACAAGCAUGUCCAAAUGCUCCAUGAUGACAGCUGCCACAACUGCAGCAAUUAUGCAGACUCUGCCAACAGAGAGAGCAGAAGCACUGACUACAAAAUGACCAAUGACCAAUCAGCAGCAAGCAGAAAGACAGAGAUUGAGGAGACAUCAUCAACACAGGAUGUUGACAGCUCAACUAUACAAGCAGCAGAGGGCAAGAGACAGUCAAACCAACCGAGGACAUUGUCCACACGUUCACAGCCACUGGCAAUUCGAAAUUUGAUUGUCAAGGCAGAAGGGCCGAUUGGGGCUUCGUCACAAGGAUUUGUGGACUACCCAAUUCUGGUUUUGGUGGGGGCAGGGAUUGGUGUGACUCCCAUGAUUAGUGUUCUCAAAGAGCUAUUGGUCAAUCCAGGCAAGAUGGAGAGAGUGUUCUUCUACUGGACAGUCCGCGACCGCAAUGCCUUUGAAUGGUUUAGUAAGCUUAUGAAUGAUGUCUAUCAGCAGGACAAGAAGAAAGUCUUGCAAGUCCGUCAUUUUCUGACUUCUGUGAAGGAUGAUGAUCGUGACAUUGGAGCAGUUCUAUUGCAUCAUGCUGCUUGCGCUAAGCACAAGGCUAGCAACUUUGACUUGAUCUUGGGUCAGCAAACCCAUCACCAGGUAGCAGUUGGACGACCUGAUUGGAUCAUGGAACUCAAGAGUGUCCAACAGGAAGCUUGCAACCUGGGGCAUCAGAGGUGUGGCAUCUUUUUGUGUGGUCCUGCAAGAAUGGCAGAAGCUAUAGCCAAGGUCAGCAAUGAGUACUCCACAGGGGAUUUCAAAUUUGAUUUCAACAAAGAGACAUUUUAG